AACCCAUAGAGCAUCAUGGAUCGUCGACACCACCACCCCGGCGGCGGCCACCACCACCACCACCACCACCCACCACCCCCUCCGGUGCACCACCACAGCCCUCCACCCCCUCCUGUAGUACACCACCACCAUCAUCCAACUCCGGUGGUGGUGGUCCCCACACCAGCUCCUCCCCCCCGCGUGGUGGUAGUCGACCACCACCACCACUCUCCUCCGCCAGUGCACAGCGGCGACAUCUUCAGCGGACCCUCCGUCAAGAUGUACUGCAAGGCCGAUUCCACCUACUCUCUCUCCAUCAGUCACGGCAAGGUCAUCCUUGUUCGCUCAAAUCCCUCCGACCCUCUCCAGCACUGGAUAAAAGAUGAAAAGUAUAGCCACACAGUGAGGGAUAAAGACGGGUUGCCGAGUUUUGCGUUGAUCAACAAAGCUACUGGUCAAGCCUUGAAGCACUCUAUUGGUCCAAACCAUCCUGUGCAACUUGUUCAAUACAAUCCCAAUACUCUUGAUCAGUCCAUCUUAUGGGCCGAGAAGGAGCUGGGUGAUGGGUACCGGGCCGUGCGAAUGGUGAACAACAUUCGCCUGAAUUUCGAGGCUCUCCACGGUGAGAGACACCAUGGUGGGGUCCACGAUGGCACCACAGUCGUGCUCGGGGAAUGGAAAAAUGGAGAGAACCAGCACUGGAGGAUUGACUUCCACUGAUACAUAUGCUGUUGCUGCUGCUACCGGAAGCUGUUAGUUUUGCUGGCUUUUCUGAUAAUGUACGCAUCAUCUCUUCACCGGUGUCGAUCAUACCUUGAUUUGGUGGCCUUGAAGUUAUGUAUGCAUUGUAGCUUCAAUAAUAAACACACUAGUGUAAUUACAUAUGAGUAGGUUGCUGGAUCCUUGAACCUGUACUAGCUACUUUAUAUGCCUAGUAGUAUCUUAUUCGUAAUCUUAUCAACAUUAACAAUAUGCUUAGUACCUUUGGUAAUAGUAUAAGUUUUAUUAAGACGUUUCCAGUUGUUUUGGACUUCA